GAGCUUCCGGCCGAAUUGCUGAUAUAUAUCUUCGAAUUAACGUGCCUUCUGUGCCAUGAGGAUGCACUGCGAGUGUCACUCAUAUGUUCCUGGGUACGCAACAUCGCCAAACCCUACGUUUUUGACACAGUCAUACGUAAAGCGGGCUCUCUGUACCCCGUUCAGGGGCGCGUCGAGCUAUCUCACGAAGUGGCUCCGCCUGGAUGUGGACAAUUCGUGCGCCACCUCUGGCUCGAGACGGUUGGUGUCUUGUCGUCUCCACGAGAGAUUGGCUUGUUCAAGUCGUGCCCGAACGUCGAAGAUAUCGCGCUUUCGGUCAACCCUCUGCGAACACUACUUGCGCUCUACGCAAAUCCGUAUUCCCAUCUUGAGACCUCUGCCAUCCGCACCCUUACUCUCAUAAGCCCGACGCCUCGUAUAGUCUGGAUCAUCAAUCCGAGUGCUUUGCUGCAGGGCAUCACGCAUCUACAAAUGAUUGACCUGCGGCAGACGCCUUACAUUCCCCUAGAGCACCUACCCAACCUCACUCAUCUUGCUGUCCCUCUCACACAUCUUCGUUCAACAUAUGCUGGUGGUGUACUCCCUGAGAACAUCACCGGAUGCCGCCGCCUGCAGAUGAUCGUCCUCACAGUAGAUCAUUAUGACUGGAUAUACCGACCUUGGCUGGACUGGAGCCGGUACGCCACGUCCGCAUUCACCAGAACAUCGGCGGAGACGCCGCGGGACAGGUUUCGUUUGAUAGGCGAAGUGGCGAAGAAGAAGGACCCGCGAGUGCACGUCAUCCUUUCUCCCGUGAUGGGACGAGAUGACACACUUUUAAGUGUGUGCUCAGAAUGGGCGGCUGCGGCGAGGGGCGGCGAGAGCAUCUGGGAGAAAGCGGCCAGG